CCCAAUAUGUGCUUGUGGCAAAGCACGUACUUCGUUACAAACGGCCGUUUGAAUGAUUACACUGAUUCCAAGCGCGCUUUAGAUUGAUUGUCGUCUCUUGCACCUGCUAGGAUUGUAUUGAGGAACUCCCCGCUCUGCUCCAGCGCCAAGGCAAGACGAAGCAGAGAUUAGCGAAUGGAGAAGAACUAAAAUAAGCAGAUAACCGUGGAAUUCGGACUAAACGAAACUUAGAGCUACAGCUACAGCUUCUGCACAGUGGACAAUCAGGAUGAAGUAAGGCUCAGAGGCUCAAAGGAACCCUUGUGUUGGCAGCAUUCAUGUCGAGAUUUUCCUGAGCUCAUCCACGGAUUCUACCGAGAAUAGAAACCAGGUUUGAGAGGAAGAAGAGGGGAGGGGAUCCAUGAGGGCCCGGAUCUCACGCAGUGGAACCCCAUGGAAGGUGUCCCUCUGAGGGGCAUGGGCGCUGCACACCGGCCCAAGGGAGAGAAGCGCCUCCACAUCCCGCGAUGAUGGCGGGGAUCCUCGGGAGAAUGAAGAGCGCCGCCAGGGGCCAGCCCUGCCGCAGUGCUUCGCACGGACAGAUGAGGCGCCUGAAGGCUGGCUCUUACCCUCUCCUCUUCCCUUCAGUGAUCAGCGGGCUGACUCCGCCCCUGUUCCCAAAAAUCCCGUCGCACCCGCCUUCCAGUGCGGGUAGCACCCCGUCCCCUGCCACUAUUGAAACACAGAGCAGCAGUUCUGAAGAGCUGGUUCCCAGCCCCCCAUCUCCACUGCCUCCGCCUCGGAUCUACAAGCCCUGCUUCGUGUGCCAGGACAAGUCCUCGGGGUACCACUAUGGCGUUAGUGCAUGCGAAGGCUGUAAGGGGUUUUUCCGCCGGAGCAUUCAGAAGUGCAUGGUGUACACGUGUCACAGGGACAAGAACUGCAUCAUCAACAAGGUGACCCGGAACCGCUGUCAGUACUGCCGGCUGCAGAAGUGCUUCGGUGUGGGGAUGUCCAAAGAGUCCGUUCGCAACGACCGAAACAAGAAGAAGAAAGAAGUUCCCAAAGCAGAGCUGACGGAGAGCUACGAGCUGAGCGCAGAGCUGCAGCUCAUCAUCGAGAAGAUCCGCCGAGCACACCAGGAGACCUUCCCCUCCCUGUGCCAGCUCGGCAAGUACACCACGAACUCCAGCGCAGACCACCGCAUACGACUGGACCUCGGCCUGUGGGACAAAUUCAGUGAACUGGCCACCAAGUGCAUUAUCAAAAUUGUGGAAUUUGCUAAGAGAGUGCCUGGCUUCACUGGGCUGACCAUUGCUGACCAAAUCACGCUCCUCAAGGCUGCCUGUUUGGACAUUCUGAUUCUGCGGAUCUGUACCAGGUACACCCCUGACCAGGACACCAUGACCUUCUCCGACGGCCUGACCCUCAACCGCACGCAGAUGCACAACGCCGGCUUCGGACCGCUCACCGACCUGGUCUUCACCUUCGCCAAUCAGCUGCUCCCGCUGGAGAUGGACGACACGGAGAGUGGCCUCCUCAGCGCCAUCUGCCUCAUUUCAGGAGAUCGACAGGACCUGGAGGAGGCCUCGAAGGUGGACAAGCUGCAGGAGCCCCUACUGGAGGCUCUGAAGAUCUACAUACGUAAGCGCCGGCCCAGCAAGCCACACAUGUUCCCCAAAAUCCUCAUGAAGAUCACAGACCUGCGCAGCAUCAGCGCUAAAGGUGCGGAGCGUGUCAUCACGUUAAAGCUGGAGAUCCCGGGCUCCAUGCCACCGCUGAUCCAGGAGAUGCUGGAGAACUCAGAGGGGCAGGAGGGCCAGGAGGAGGGGCAGGAGGGCCAGGGGUCGGAGGCAGGCAGCCCGAAGAAGGCCAGCAGCAGCAAAGCCCCCAAACCCUCGCCCUCGUCCCCCGAGUCCACAGACACCACCGCCCCACCCGCCGAGGAGCCGUAGGGCCGGCCAGUCCGCCCCCGCAGAACCCAGACAUUCCUUUGCACAAUACAGGGGGAGGGCAGGGCAGCGAGCGCGCUCUCUCUCUUUCUCUCUCUCUCUCUCGCGCUCUCUCUCUUUUUUAAUGACACUAAGGCCUAAAAGGACCAGUGCUUUGUGUAUAACUGUUAUUGAGCUCUUAAUGUUACCGUCUCCAGCUGGAGGGUGUGUGCGUGAUAAAUCAGGACACCCCAUCCAGCCGUGCGUCUACACGAAGCCGAACUCCUUCAGGUCUCCAUUGUGUACAUUUCUUACAUGCAUGAUGGGCAGAGCUUGGUAAGUGGAUCAGUGCCCUCUCUCAUCAGCAUACAUUGUACAUACCAUUGUAUGGUUAAACUUCUGUUUCUAUGAUGUAUGUUGUGGUGCUUUUUUCGUCGUCUUAAAUAUGAUCCCGUUUAAGGCAAUACUUCAAGGUAAAACUGGCUUAUCAAAAGUCUUUAAAAUGGAUAUAUGGAAUGUUCUUGCAUAUAGUUAGUGAGGAAGUCUAUUUUAUAUUUGUUGCUAUAUUUAAAGUUGUGGUUUUUUUUAUUUUUAAAGUCGGCAUUCCCAUACUGCUACGCCCUGAAGUGGGACCGCUUUUGGCUUUGGCGAUAUCCGCCAGCUCUGUUUCCGCCUUAACAUCGACAGUUCUUCUGACCGAAGACUCUCGCUCAUCUCCAGUCGGGCCGGUGAAUUGCAUACAUUUGGGGGUCAUGUUCAAAAGUGCUGCAUGGCCGCCGUCACAUUUCCUGUGUGGAAAGUGUAAGUGUAAUCUGACAGUGAGAUUAGGACCACUGCAGUACAAAAUGCACCAUGAACAUACAGAACCAACCACAAUGCGGAUCACCAAGUGAUUAUCAGUGACUAUCCAGCUUUAAAUAUACAGGUUUUAUUUGUUUAAUCGGGCUCAUAAUGAUUAUUAAAGAUGAAAAUAGAGAUAAAAUAAGGGCAGAGAUACACUGACGGUUUGGUUGAUUGAUCAGCAUGUCGAUUAAUUCAUCCUGUGGUCACCUCUCUAAAGCACACAGACUAUUUACUGCCAUUGGGGUCACUACAGAUUGUUAUUAUAAGGUAUUAUUAUAAGGUAUCAAAGCACUUAUUGAACCCCGAUGUAUUAGUCAUUAUUGUACUUUGAAGUUUUGGAAGAACUCAGUGUUACAGCUGGACUAAUCACUAGGUUCACUUUACUAAAACAUGGUCAAAGUUUUACAGGAUCAGUUGGUUUUGUAUGUCAUGAGCAGUAAGGCUCAGGCGGUCGCUAGUCUAGUGUUUCAGGUCAUGUAGGUAAUCGUGGACUUACAGGACAACUAAGCAAUAGCUGAUAUGCAUGGGGUCCAUGUUGGACAUUAGACAUUAUUUCAAAAAAAAAAACAAAAAAAAAUACAUCCGAUUGUCAUUAAAUGUGAAAAAAUAAUAUUGUUCAGAGAUUGCGUUAAGAUGUUUAUUUCUUCUUCAGAACAGUGAAAUUGUAAAUAUCCUACAAAUAUAUAGACAUAUUUUUCCAUCAAAACAAUGCUGUUAAGCCACAAGGCUCUAGAUAACAAGGUAUCGCCUGAAAAGGUUGUCAUACACAAUUUGUUGUCUCAUUGUCCUGAAAACAUUGCACUUUCAUUUCCUGUCAGACGAGCUCCAGAAUACCUCAGUAACCAUGUAAUGGACAAGAAUGGAGGAAAACAAUUAGAUUUCAAAUUUCAAUAUUUGAAUUAAUGUAGUAUUGAGAAUGUAAAGGAAGAAAAGGACAACACACAGCUUUAAUGUCUUCUUUUGAAACUGUGUUUCACACAUACUGUAAUGUUGCAGUCUCAAAAAAGCGGGAUUAGUAUCCAGUUAGGAGAGACUAAAGGAAAGAAUGUCUACACUAUGUUGUGUAAGUGAAGAAAAAGGAAAGUUGGAAAAGCUGAAGACUUAAACACUUGAUGAAUGUCAUUUCAUUACUGUAACUUUGCUACUAGAAAAUAAUGCAAUUGUCUCAUCAUACUGUUUAUUCCCAAAUUUCCAGAAUCCCUUGUUCAGACAAGUUCAAUCACCAGCUGUUGGUGCGAAUCACACACCAUUGUGUCAGUUGGCGUUUUCACAUAGUCCAACCGCACCUCACAGUGUUUGACUACUGUGUCUGCCAGAUAGGAAAUAUGUACAGGAGACAAAAUCAGUAGCAACCAUAUUGUUGUAGCACUGCUAAUAGAUUGUACAUUUGAAGUCAUUAUCAUAAGUUACAGCAAGUCUAGAAUAAAGAAAAUAAGAAAAAAAAGCAAAAGAUAUCUACUGCAAAAGAUUUUUAACUCAUAAUCCCAUUGCUUUCUUGGUGACUAAGCUUGUUUCCAUGGGAACUUGGCUGUAAUCUAACGUUCUACUAUCCGUUCUCUAUUUUCAUUGGGUCUUGUCUGUUCAAGAACAAUCUUUUCUUACAUGUUCAUAUAUUGUUUACCUUUACCAUUGAA